AUGGAUUGCAUCCGCGUCCGCAGUCGCCCCGAGUCCAGGCGGCAGACAGAGAGAAACAAUGAGCUCAUUUUAGAACGACUUUCAACGGGCCAAAGGGCCCUGCGCAAGAUCCGAUGGCAGAUCAGUGGCACGAUGGCCUUUGCGGGCUUGGUCUUUGCCAUUGCCAGCAGCAUUUGGAUUAUUCUUCGAUUAGUGUACACCGGCAAAGUCGAAAAUUUGGACCUGGCUAUUAGUUGGACGAUCUCUGUGGCUGGCAUGGCAUUGCUGGUCUCAGCUCCCCUGCCGGAUGAUGCAACACUCACACGUUUCGCUGUGGUGGGUGUGGCUGCACUUUGUGGCUGCUUCACCGGAUAUGAAGCUUUAGAUGCUGUGACCCGUUUGCGAAUCUUUUCCGAAGCCGGCUGCUGGAAGCACAGCCACGUCGUGAUCCUUGACCACCACCGCAUGUCCAGCGGAAUUUGUAUUUGGUAUGCCUGUCUUUGUGCUUGGAAUGUUGGUUGGAACACGGCGAACAUGGCCCUUUUCCUGUCAACUUCUUGCAUCAAGAGCGCGUUCACCAUGCAAGAUCGAAUGUGGCGAUUUCUGAGCCUCUUCUUUCAGGUUAACAGUUUCGUAGAUGUGGCCACCAUUGUCAUUGACACUGUGAUUCGGGACAAUCUUUCCACUGGCUGCUUUUUUCUCAUUGGUGAUUUGCUGGGACUGUGCCUCACCUGCUAUGCCGGCGUCCCCCGACGUUUACACGAGUUCUUGCGGCGGCACUUCGAAGCCACGGAGCGGACGGCCGCGGCCGCGGGGAUCGCUAGCUUGGUCGGAAAUUGCGACGUGCAGGAAGCGUUGGAGCAAGCGAUGUCUCGCUUUCGGGUCAUCAAUUUGGACAAGUUGGAGCUGUCCGAUUUGAGCGACAAUCAACCUUCGAGGGAUCUAUUUGAACGGUCCGCUCCAGCGAGUUUGGGUGACUGUGAUGCGUUCAUCUCUCAUUCCUGGAGCGAUGAUGCCGAUGCCAAGUGGCGAGCGCUCAUGUCUUGGAAAGAUCGAUUUGUGUGCAGUACUGGACGUUCUCCAUACGUAUGGUUUGAUAAAGCCUGUAUUGACCAAAGCGAGAUCGAAACCAAUCUUCGAAGUCUGCCAGUUUUUCUGAGUGGCUGCAGCACCUUGCUGGUGCUUUGUGGCCCUUCGUUUCUCAGCCGACUAUGGUGUGUGCUGGAGCUCUUUACUUUCGUGCACAUGGGAGGGAAGACUUACGACAUUAAUUGCGUCUCCCUGGCACUUGCGCCGGAUGAUUGGCAAGCUAUCCAGCUACAGUGUGCACAAUUUGAUGUUCGAAAUUGUGACUGCACAGUGCCAGAGGACAAGGCGAAAAUCUUGUCUAUCAUUACCACUGGCUUUGGCAACAUGGACCAUUUCAACCAUGCUGUCCGCCGUGUUAUGAAGCGGAUUGACGGUUUGUCCACUCGUACGCUUCCUUUUGUUCAAGGCUCCUCAUCUUCACUGUCCGACGACAGCGACGAUGAUGAUGAUGACACAACUGAUUCAUCAGAACUUAGCCCCUACACGGGGAACUGA